CGGAGGCGACGGAAAUGAUGCGAGAGAGAUGCGACACGCUGUCAGGCGGUGCUUUGCUGCCGGCGCGGUUGCGGGGCGCGUUGCGAGAAAGCCAUGGAGGACCGUGAGUUAAUUGAGUACUUUAAGUCUCAGAUGAAAGGAGACCCUAACAUGGCCUCAGCGGUGGCUGCCAUCCAGACUUUGCUGGAAUUCUUGAAGAGAGAUAAAGGAGAGACAAUCCAAGGCCUAAGAGCAAACCUCACCAACGCCAUAGAAACCCUGUGUGGGGUGGACUCCUCGGUGGCCGUGUCCUCGGGCGGGGAGCUCUUCCUUCGCUUCAUCAGCCUCACCUCCCUGGAGUACUCAGACUACUCCAAAUGUAAAAAGAUCAUGAUUGAGAGAGGAGAGCUUUUCCUAAGAAGAAUAUCCCUGUCGAGAAAUAAAAUUGCCAAUCUGUGCCAUACUUUUAUCAAGGACGGGGCGAGAAUUUUGACUCACGCCUACUCCAGAGUCGUCUUGAGGGUCCUGGAAGAAGCUGUGGCAGCCAAGAAACGGUUCAGCGUGUAUAUCACCGAGUCGCAGCCUGAUUUAUCUGGGCAAAAAAUGGCCAAAGCCCUCUGCCACCUCAACGUCCCUGUCACUGUGGUACUGGAUGCUGCUGUUGGCUAUAUCAUGGAGAAAGCAGAUCUUGUCAUAGUUGGUGCAGAAGGAGUGGUAGAGAAUGGAGGAAUUAUUAACAAGAUUGGAACCAACCAGAUGGCCGUGUGCGCCAAAGCCCAGAACAAGCCCUUCUACGUGGUUGCAGAAAGUUUCAAGUUUGUUCGACUCUUUCCACUCAACCAGCAAGACGUCCCAGAUAAGUUUAAGUACAAGGCAGACACUCUGAAGUCUGUGCAGACUGGGCAGGAUCUCAAAGAGGAGCACCCAUGGGUGGACUACACCUCCCCAUCACUCAUCACCCUGCUGUUUACGGACCUGGGUGUGCUGACACCAUCUGCUGUAAGCGAUGAGCUCAUCAAGCUGUACCUGUGAGCCGAGUCCCUCCUGCCAGCAUGGCGGAAGCACACUGUGAAGGAUGGGUAGCCUCCACUCCAGCAGCCAGGGGCCAGAGCUGAAUCGGCCGUUCAGAUCAGUAUGCUAAGGGAACGCAGCAGAAGUCCUGAAGAAUCCUGACUUCUGCUCUGUGACAUCUGAAGCCUGCUCCCAGUUCUAGUACCAAGCUGAAGCACCCUUAUGGUUCUCAGAAACUCCACAGUAAGUUCAAUUCCUGGCUGCAAGCCUGAGGCAAGAUGGCACACGAGCAGGGACCCCCUUCUCAUACUGCACUCCGAAGGCUGAGAACAAACCUUAUAGUGCCUCACAACAGUAAAAAGACAGACUCCCUCUGGCUUCAGGGCAGGAUCAAGCCAGAAAGGAGAAUACCAAUUCUGGGGCCAUUCAUGUGGCACUGCUCACAGAAUGUUGUUAUAAAAAUGUGAGCUUACUUUAAACAUGUAAGCUUUUUUAAGUUAAAUGUGGAAACAAAUCAGGAUCUUUUCAAAUAAAUUAUAUGAGCAACGUG